CUCUUUCUUUCGAUCAAAAGUUUAACAAGGAUCGAUGGCGAAACUGCUGCUCCUGCUCUUUCUCUUCUCCUUCGGCGCCGCGCCGUCAUGCUCCAUGACCGGAGGCGUCCGGAUCGAACUCAGCCGCGUCCAGUCGACGGACGUCCAAACCCAGCUGUACGCCGGCGGCGGUUCGUUCCUCAUGGAGCUCGCCAUCGGCACGCCGACGCUCUCCUACUCGGCCAUAAUGGACACCGGCAGCGACCUCAUCUGGACGCAGUGCCAGCCCUGCCUUCGAUGCUUCUCCCAGCUCACGCCGCUGUACGACCCCUCUCGGUCCUCCACCUACGCCACCCUGCCCUGCAACGCUUCCCAGUGCCUCUCCCUCCCUUCCUUCACCAGAACCUGCGCUCCUCCUGCCUCCGACUGCAGCUACGACUAUACCUACGGCGAUAACUCCUCCACCGACGGCGUCCUCGGCACCGAGACGUUCACCUUCGGGUCGGUGGCCGUAUCCGAGGUCGCUUUUGGUUGCAGCAACAACAACAACGGAAGCUUCGACAACUCGUCAGGGUCAGGGAUCGUGGGGAUGGGGAGAGGGAACUUGUCGCUGGUGUCCCAACUCGGCGACGGGAGGUUCUCUUACUGCCUCACGUCCUACGGCGACAACAAGACGAGUCCUCUGCUUCUGGGCGCCAUGGCGACGUUAAGCGAGCAGGCUCAAUCCACCCCGUUCGUCGCCAACCCGCCGUCUUUCCCCUCCUACUACUACCUAUCAUUGCUCGGGAUCACCGUCGGCGAUACCGAGCUUCCGAUACCGAACACGACCUUCUCAAUGACUUCGAACGGGACCGGGGGGGUGAUCAUCGACUCCGGUACUACCCUGACCCUGCUGGUGGACGCGGCUUAUGAGGAACUGAAGGGAGCGUUCGAGUCGCAGAUGAAUCUGACGGCGGCUGAUGGGUCGGCUUUAGGGCUCGACAUCUGCUUCACGUACGGCGGCGAGGAGAAGGUGCAGGGGCCUAGAUUGGUGUUUCACUUCGAGGGGGCGGACAUGAAUAUACCUCCGGAGAACUACAUCCAGGCGGAUUCAAGCCUGUCGUUGCAGUGCGUGAUGGUGGUGAGGUCGAAUUCCACGUUAUCCAUCUUUGGCAACAUCAUGCAGCAGAACAUGCACGUGCUGUAUGAUCUGGCCGGCGGGAUGCUGUCGUUCGAGGCGGAGCAAUGCGACCAGCUGUAGCGCGUCGGGCGACGUCUUAUCGUUUCACCAUGUUAUACUUUGCGUAUCGGGCGCGGUGCGACCGCUGUAGUUUUCGCCCAUAUUAUGUUAUAGAAUAAACGCUAUUCGGUGAAACGACUACCGUAUUGUGGUAUGUAAUCAUACGGUUACAUAAAUAAUAUUAAAAAUGUUAAAAUCA